GCAAUAUUAUUAAUAUAUUAUUUGUCUUAUUUGUGUGAUUUUUAAUGAAAUUAUUGCAUUGUAAUUUAAUUAGUUAAUGAUAAAUGUUACAGAAAAAGUAUAUUUAACCGAAACAGCACUUUUAAUUUAUAGUAACAAGUAACAUCGUCAGUUCGCAAUCAUGUCGACUAGAAGAAAUACUAGAAGGGCCGGCGAAGAUGUAGAACUCCUAAAUGUAUUACUGCAGCUUUCAAAGUCAGAUAAGCCUGCACUGAAACGUAAGGGUCCCACAAAACGGGAUAGAAUCGCUAAGAAGUCUAAGCCUGCUAGUCCUAAGAAAAAUUCAGAUCUUAAACCUGAUUCUAGGAUUCUGAAUUUAGAUGUUGAGACAGAAAAAACAUUUGAAAAUGUGCAGUCAAAAAUUGAUAACUUUUUCAAAAUGUCAACGUUGGCAUCAGAUUCUGAGGAUGAUAAUAUGGGUAAAACUAGUGACACUGAAAAACAAAAUGCCAAGAAACUUGCCCCUAAGAGUAAAUCCUUUUAUACUUUAUCAGACAGUGAAGAUGAAGACGAUAGAGUGAUACAUAUUACAGAGAAACCUCAAUUACCUGAUGUUGCUAAACCAAGUACCAGUGCUGGCUCUAAUAGCUUCUUGGAUGAUAGUUUAUUAAAUGACUUACCAAAAAAAAUAGAACAAAAUUUUGAAAAAUUAAAAUCAUUAGAUGAUAUAUUAGUAGAUAGUAAUACAACAGAAACUCAAAAGAAAACUUCAGAUAAAUUGGUAAAUGAUGUAUUAAUUAUAGAUUCACCCAAAUGUACACAAAAGAAAAGACAAAGAACACUAUCAGUAGAUGAUAUUUUAACUGAUAUAGAGGUGAUAGCACCUAAGCAGUCACAGAAAUCUGAGAGUCUAUUAGACAUGGUUAAGGAGACUGAUGAAAUAAUAGGCAGCGUAUCAAAAUUCUUGGGACUGGAAAAAAAAGAGGAAGUUGUCGCACCCACUUGUCCAGUUUGUUUAGAAUCUUUAGCAGGUCAAGAAGUCUCAUCAACUGUGUGUGGACACAUCUUCUGCAAGCCCUGUAUUAAUGGUGUUCUCAAAUCAGCAAAUAAAAAAUGCCCCACAUGUAGGAAAGCAAUUAAUGCGAAGAAAAUUCAUCCAAUAUUCUUAUAAUUUUUAUUGUAAAUAAGUAGAAUUUACCAUAUGUAUAGUCACUAUUAGUUAAAAUAUUAGCUGUGCUAUUAAAAUUUGUCAGAACAAUAGCAAAUUAAUUUAACAAAUCUGAAAUUCAGUUUGUAGUGAAAAUCAUAUUUUUAUACUAUAAUUUAUUUUUAUAAAAUUACGCAGUCACAUACAAUUAAAUAUAAUUACUA